UUUAUUUAUUUAUUUAUUUAUUUAUUUAUUUAUUUAUUUAUCAUGAAAAGAAGAAAAGUUUGACUCACGACUAUUAAGUAUGGUGGUGCUGCCCCCUGUAGGAAAAUAGCGUAACUACACUCAAUUACAUUUGCUCAGACUUAAUGAUAUUUCGACACUAUCGCGAUACUCAGUCAGAGGUCUCGCGAUGUUACAAGCACCCACUCGUAAACUGGAGGGAUUUCUGAUCUGGCGAGCAGGCUAGCAAACCGAGCAGAGAUAAGUUAUCAGCGUGAAACCUGCUUUCCGUCACAAACAAGUUAGCUCUGAGUACUUGCAACUCUACUGGAUCUUACUUUUACUGCAAACUCGCCAGUUGUUCCCUGCAACACUGUCAAAAUGGAUUUAGAGGAUGACACCACUGUGUUAACCACCUUGAAGUCCUUCAACUCCUUCAUCAGCUGCCCAGAGCGUCCCCAGCGACUGUCGGAUAACUCAGCAGCGAGCGGAGUCCUGCAGAGUCAGUACACACGCCGCAUGGAGUUGCUGGAAGCUGCAGAGAGGGUUCAGUAUAAGAGUCGCUAUGCUCAGAUGGACCAGGAGAGGAAGCAGAUGGAGCUUAGUCACAAACGGGCUCGAUUUGAACUUGAAAAAGCUGCUUCAGAUCAUGCGCGAAACCUGGAGCAUGAGGUAGACCGAAACCAGGAACUUCUGGGACGUAUUAGAAAGUUGGAGGAGAGAGAGACUGAGCUGUCAAAGAACCUUUCAGAGCAGAUUGAGGCAAAUAACGCUCUCCGAAAGAGUUUGGGGAGCCUGAACAAGAAACUGGAUGAGCGAGAUACUAGACUCAACACUGCUAAUCAGUCUGUCAAUUCUUUAAACGAUGAGAUCAGAGAGCUGAAGCAGAAGAUUCAAAUCCAAGACUCAUCGAUUUCUGCUCAAAAACUGGAAAACCAGGAAGUGCAGGAACAGUUAGAUUUGCAACGCAGGAAGUACCAGGAGGUAUCCGAGCUCUGUCAAAGUCUUCAAGCUGCCCAGUCCUCCUGCUCAGAGCACAUCAUUAAGAUUAAGGAGUUGGAGAGGCGACUUGCCCUCCAGGAGCAAGACUUUGCUAUUGUGAAGACUGUAAAAUCAGAGGCUGCCAAGGUUCCUGAUCUGGAAAAGGAGCUGAAGCGCCUCAGAGAUGCCAACUCCUUACUCAGGGAGAGCAGGGAGAAUUGCAGCUUGUUGAAGGAAGAGGUGGAGGGGCUGAGAAAGAAGCUGGAGAGGACAGAGAAAACCAAAGAAGAACUGGUUAAUAUGGAACUGGAGAAAGAGCGACUGAAUGAGAAGCUCCAAGCCUGGGAAAACCUGGGGCAAUCGACUGGACUCAACAUAAGGAAACCAGAGGAUCUGUCCAGGGAGGUGAUUCACAUCCAGCAGAGAGAAAUCGCUCUGAAAGAGCAGAACUACACACUCAGCAGCCGUGUGAGGAGUGUGGAGCGAGCCCAGGCUGAGCUCUCUGCAGAGUUAUCCCAGCAGUGCAGCAAGACUCUGGAGGAGCAGAAGAAAAGGGAGGCGCAGGAGGCGCUCGUCCGUCGUCUGCAGAAGAGAGUCCUGUUAUUAACUAAGGAGCGUGAUGGGAUGCGUGCCAUACUUGAGUCCUAUGACAGUGAGCUGGCACCUGGUGAGUACUCUCCUCAACUUAGCAAACGGCUCAGAGAGGCAGAGGACAUACUGCAGAAGACGCAGAAUCACAAUGUGGAGAUGGAGGGCCAGCUGACCAAAGCACAGGAAGAGACAGGAACUCUGAAACUGCAACUCCAAACAGUGGAGCUGGAGCUGGAGACUUUAAAGAAGCAGCAGGCUUCGGCUUCUGAUAGCGUGUCGUCAGUGACUAAAGAGGAGGUCAGCAUACUAAGACAGAAAAUUGAAGAUCUAGAGGCCGAGCGGCAGCGUCUGGAGGAGCAGAACAAUAUUCUGGAGAUGAGACUGGAGAGACACAACCUACAGGGAGACUAUGAUCCGGUCAAAACCAGAAUUCUCCACUUCAGGAUGAACCCCACCGCUGUCGCCAAGCAGCAGCGCCAGCAGGAAGUCGAGGCUCUUGCGGAGGAAGUGACGCGUCUCAGGGAGCUGGUGCGUUCAUUGCAAGAAGGAGGCGCUCUGUCCCAUUCUCACAAUGACUCCAACAUGCACAGCUCCAGCCUUGGCCUCACUUUGCCACCAUCGAGGGAGGUGCUGGACUUGCGUAAGCAGAUGGAGAGCUCCGAGCUGAGGAACCAGAGGCUGAAAGAGGUGUUUCAGAAGAAAAUCCAGGAGUUCCGAACUGUCUGCUACGUCCUGACCGGCUACCAGAUCGACAUCACCACUGAGAACCAAUAUCGGCUCACCUCAGUGUAUGCGGAGCACAUGGACGACUCCUUGCUUUUUAAAAAGGGGUCCGGUGGAAGUAUGCAGCUCAUGGAAACGGAGUUCUCCAAAACGCUGGGAGAGGUGGUGGCCCUUCACUUGCAUCAUCAGAAGAGCAUCCCAGCAUUCCUCUCUGCGGUGACCCUUGACCUCUUCAGCAGACAAACCACCAUCUGAACUAAUCCGUCACCACCUCAGACUCUAGGCUCUGAAUUUUCAAACCACUUUCAAUGAAAUAUCACCUUUUCUUUUUUUGCUUUCUUUACCUUUUUCUUCUUUUUGAAGAAUAGUGGGAGAUGAGGGAGGGAGAACAUCCACGCCGCAUUCAAAUGCCCAAAAUAGCAACAUCUGUGUGUUAAAAACAUGAAACGAUGUCAUGGAAAUGAGACGGAAGUUGCUGUUUGAAUGUGGACUGUUUUUCUUCUCGUGGAGUUUACUGCACUCUGCAUCUGAAGGAACGUGUAGGUGUGCUUCUCCUCACCCAGGCUGACAUUUUGACUCUUUUAUUCUUUUGUCUUUGUAUUUCUUUUCUGUGCAUAACGUUAAAGGUUCUACUCAGACUUCAUAUGAAGCAAAUGAAAGCAGCCUAUUUGCCUUCACUAGCAGCUCCUGUCCUGGGAUACAUGAAAAUAUGCCAUUUAUUGUGUUUCUUACAGUUCUCUGUCUCUGUUAGUAGCAGGAGGCAAAUAUUAGAGCAACAAAUAGAGCCAAUGGAUUCUCCCUCAAACUACAUUCAAAUUUCACUUUCCUCUUUAAACCUGUGAAGAAACCCAAUAUUAGAUUUGUAGCCUUCUCACUGUAGCUGAUGUUUUUUGUUGCCCUUUUGCCUUCUGCUGCUUUGUUUGAUACUUUAAAGUAAAACAGAGAAACCUGUACUAAAGAAAAUAUCCCUGACGGUUGUAACUAAGUGAAUCUUAACUCUCCUAAACCAGAUUACAGUUUCAGAAGCUAUGAAUUAUUCCAUUUCUUUCCAUUUAGCAAAUGAUCGCGCCUGUGUGUAUUUGCACAAAUACAAAUGUGAGAGAAAGCGAAGAAAAAAAAAUCUUGGCAGCUCUAAAGAGGAACGACAGAAAUAAACAUGGGUUGAAGAGGGAAGCGAGGGAGCAAUCCAGUGAAACUGAGAAACAAAAGGAAGUGAAGUGAGAAUAAAGCCACGCGUUACAGCAGCAAUAUAAGAACUCCAGCUGGUGCAGCCAUAUGUCUCAUGAGAAAACAUAUUCCUCUGUACAGGACAUGCCACAUACUGUACUCUCCUUGUUUCGCCUCCCAUUUAUUGUUACUCCUACACGUCCCCCAGCUCUCGCAUACAGUCCUAUUUUACAGGCUUCUAUAGGCAGCCGGCACCUACACAAUAAUAUUCACCUCCAGCAGCGUGUGACACACUCUGGCUUCACGUUCCCCACCCUGAGAAAUCACUGUACCAGUCUCCCGGUUUUAAAGUUGGAAUGAAAAUGGAAAUCAAUAAAGCAUAUCAAUGAA